CGCAAACGUGGUAUAACCGGUCCGUAUCCAUGGCUGGGGUUUGGCAACAAUUUUCAACUGCUUUGGCGUAGCCGAGCACAGGUAGACAUUGAAUGGAUGAAAAAAUAUGGCAAACUAUAUGGCUAUUAUUCGUUUAAUACACCGAUUCUGACUAUUGGCGAUCCAGAGCUUAUCAAACAGGUAUGCAUUAAGGACUGGUCAUCGUUUCCCAACCGAUCGGUACCGUCGGUGCUCAGUGUCCGCGAUGAACCCCUGUUGGGUCUGAACAUUGACGAGACAACCGAUAGUCAUUGGCAACGAAUCCGACAGACUAUGAAUCCGGGUUUUACUUCAUCCAAACUGAAACAAUUGUGGCCUAAAAUCGACGAAUCGCUUAGCAAACUGUUUGAAGCCGUGGAACCGUAUGUAGCCGUCGGCGGACAGUCAGGAUCGCCGGUUCCGAUGAAACAACUAUACGAACAGUAUGUUAUUAACAUACACGCGCUCAGCAUAUUCUCGUUGGCCAUCAAUGCCCAUAAACAGCCGGAACAUCCCUACGUUCGGCACACCCUAAACAUACUCAAUCCAAACCCAUUACGAUCGCUAGCUGUUCGCCUGUUGCCGGCACCGGUACUCAAGCUAUUGAAUAUGAAUAUACUGUUCGAAGAGGAAUCCAAUGAAUACUUUCUUCAGCUGACCAGUCAUCUGAUGAAUGAGCGUCAACUGAUGGCGACGACCGACAAAAACAACAGCAACAGCAGCACCGGUAGUAGUAGUAGUAAUCAGUAUAACGAUUGGCUAGAGUUGUUAAUGACUAAUAUGGUAGCAAAUAAAUGGCAGUUUCAUCCAAAUAAUAAAGGAAUAAAUGGCGAAAAGUUUACGAACGAAGAAAUUCUGGCCAACGCUUGGAUACUGACAACCGUCGGAUUUGAUUCAACAGUUACCACACAUACCUAUGCCAGCUAUGAGUUGGCCAACAAUCCUCGUCUACAACAACAAGUUUACGAUGAAGUGAUGUCAUGUAUGGACACAACAACAACAACAACAAGUGGCCGGAAAUUAGAUUACAAUCGGCUAAUGACUAUCGAGUUAUUGGAUUCGGUAAUCAGCGAAACAUUGCGCUUACAUUCGCCGGCCGUACGCGAGAGUCGUUUUACCGAAACAACGUCCGACUAUCAGUUAGGCGAUACCGGUAUUUCAGUAAAACAGGGCGAAAAAGUGGAAUUUCCUAUCUAUGCUAUACAUCACUGUGAAGACUACUAUCCCAGUGCCUCCGAGUUCCGUCCCGAACGGUUUCUACCCGCAAAUCGUCAUCAACUGAUACCCGGAACAUAUCUGCCAUUUGGUUUGGGUCCCCGACACUGUCUGGCCAAACAGUUUGUAUUGAUGUUAGUGAAAAUAAGUCUGGCCAAUCUACUGGUCCGCUAUCGGCUGUCUACUUGUCCCCAAACUGAUCCCCGACCUCUGCACAGUAGUCUAAUCUAUGCGCCCAAACAUACACUGGUAUUAAAGUUUGAAUCUAGAAAUUAA